AUGCCCAUCAUCCCGACCACAGAGAUUACACCACCUGCCCCGCCACCGGGCCCUCCCCGAAGCCGGGGCUCGACCGACGAGGGCGUUUUCGACGAUGCCAGGACCUACUACACCGCCGAUGAGCGCCAUCUGAACACCCGGGCGGGUGCCAGAACCCGCACCUACUCCCAGAACAGCUUGUUCAAGCAAAUGGAGCGGAUGGGCCUGAAGGAGCCUUACCGGAGAGGCAGUCAUGACGAAUCCACCAUUCCACAUUCUCGUCGAUUCCUUAUUCAAGUCGAACCUACUCUACAGAGCUUGCAGUCACAGGAGGAUACCGAUGGGAACAUGCAAAUCACCAUUGAGGACAAUGGUCCCAAGGUUCUUACACUCCGCACUGCGGCGUCUAAUGGGCACAACAGAUUCGAUAUUCGAGGUACAUACAUGUUGUCCAACCUGCUCCAGGAGCUCUCUCUCGCCAAGGAGUACGGCCGCAAGCAGAUUAUCCUCGAUGAGGCCCGCCUGAACGAGAACCCUGUCAACCGUCUUUCGCGAAUGAUUCGUGAUCACUUUUGGGAGGGACUCACUCGCCGCAUUGAUGCCUCCAGCAUUGAGAUUGCGGCGCGGGAUCCCAAGGACUGGACAGACGACCCGAGGCCACGCAUCUACGUUCCCCGGGGCGCUCCUGAGCAAUACGAAUACUACACCAAGGUGGCAGAGGAGAGGCCUGAGCUCCGGCUCGAUGUGCAGCUCCUGCCAGAGAAGAUUACCCCUGAGCUGGUUCGGGAUAUGAAUUCCAAGCCCGGUCUGCUCGCGGUCGACAUGGAGGAGGAAGUCGAUCCCAAAACUGGAAAGAAGACGCUCAAGGGCCGACCAUUCGUCGUGCCAGGAGGUCGCUUCAACGAGCUUUACGGCUGGGACAGCUACAUGGAGUCUCUGGGUCUGCUGGUGCACGACAAGGUCGACUUGGCCAAGUCUAUGGUACAGAACUUUUGCUUUUGCAUCAAGCACUACGGCAAAAUUCUCAAUGCCACCCGAUCCUACUACCUCUGCCGGUCACAACCUCCUUUCCUGACCGACAUGGCGCUCCGGGUGUACGACAAGAUCAAGCACGAGCCAGGUGCUCUGGAGUUCCUCCGGACGUCUAUCUUGGCCGCCAUCAAGGAGUAUCACAGCGUAUGGGUGGCUGAGCCGCGUUUAGACCCCGUCACAGGUCUUUCACGGUACAGGCCCGAGGGUCUUGGUGUUCCUCCUGAGACGGAGGCUGGCCAUUUCGUUCAUAUUUUGGAGCCCUACGUCGAGAAACAUGGCUGCACCUUUGAGGAGUUUGUUGAGGGGUACAACAAUGGCAAGAUCAAGGAACCCGAGCUCGACAACUACUUUAUGCACGAUCGUGCUGUCCGUGAGUCGGGCCACGAUACGACUUACCGUUUUGAGGGUUGCUGUGCCGACCUCGCCACGAUCGACUUGAACUCUCUCCUCUUCAAAUACGAAACGGACAUUGCGCGCACCAUCCGAAAUGUGUUCCACGACAAGCUUGUCAUUCCUGCUGAGUAUUGCGUGGGCAAUAUGGAGCCCAACCACGUCGAGGCGUCUGCUAUCUGGGACCGCCGCGCCAAGCGGAGAAAGUUGGCCAUUGACAAGUACCUUUGGAACGAGCAGGAGGGUAUGUACUUUGACUACGACACUGCGAACCGCAAGCAGUGCUCGUACGAAAGCGCAACGACCUUUUGGGCACUGUGGGCUGGUGUUGCCAGCCCCAAGCAGGCCGCAGCCAUGGUCACCAAAGCCCUUCCCAAGUUCGAGGCUGUGGGUGGGUUGCUGUCCGGUACUGAGGAGAGUCGUGGUGAGAUUGGCCUGGAGCGACCUAACAGACAAUGGGAUUAUCCGUAUGGCUGGGCGCCACAGCAGAUUUUGGCGUGGACGGGGUUGUAUCGGUACAGCUUCACAGAAGAGGCCGAGAGACUGGCGUACAAGUGGCUGUUCAUGAUUACAAAGGCGUUUGUUGACUUCAAUGGGGUGGUGGUGGAGAAGUACGAUGUGACAAGGCCUAUUGAUCCGCACAGAGUGGACGCCGAGUAUGGAAAUCAGGGGCUGGACUUUAAGGGUGUUGCCAAGGAGGGAUUUGGCUGGGUCAACGCGAGUUAUGUGUACGGCCUACAGAUUGUCAAUGCUCACAUGCGGAGAGCCCUGGGAACGCUCACGCCGUAUGAGACUUUUAUCAGGGCCGUGGAGGAGAAUAGGGCAAAAGCAUUGGCGGAGUUGGUGUAA